UGAUCGGCGUUCAGAUCGCGUCGGAGAGCGUCGCGUCAUUUCUCUCUUUUCUAUUUGAAUGUUGUCGCGCUGGAGGAGCGGUGAUGGAGCCUCACACACCGAGCUGAUCACGGGCACCGCCGGAGGAUCAUGUCCUAUGUGUCUUCACAAGAUGGAAGGUGUGUGUCUCCAUGUUCUCGGCCUCACACUCCUCUGAAUGGCCACGCACACGACUCCCCCGGCUGGAGCCGACAGCUCCGCGUCAGAGAUGGAGACCAGUUCUACCUGCUGGAUCAAGAGGAGGUUCAUCCAGUGCUGAUGAAUGAUCAUCGUCCCGUCUCUCACCGACACAAACUGCUGCGCAGGACCGUCAGCGUACCUGCAGAUAGCAGACCCCACCCUGAGUCAGAGCACGCUCGUGCUCGCAGGAAGAGCUUUGCCACGUCGCGGCAGAGAAGCAUGGAAACUCCGCCCACUGCCCCUACACAGCCAUUCCGACAGCCUAGUUUUCUCAGCCGCCGCUUGAAAGGAUCAAUUAAACGAGCAAAGAGUCAACCCAAACUCGACCGCACGGGAAGCUUCCGCCAAAUGAUUCUCCCACGAUUCCGCAGUGCUGACCAGGAGAGGACGCGUCUGAUGCAGAGCUUUAAGGAGUCUCACUCUCAUGAGUCUCUGCUGUCUCCGAGCAGCGCGGCCGAGGCUCUGGACCUCACGCUGGACGAGGACGCCAUCAUCAAACCCGUCCACUCCAGCAUCCUCGGCCAGGAGUACUGCUUCGAGGUGACCACGGCGUCAGGAACCAAGUGUUUCGCCUGCCGCUCCGCUGCUGAAAGAGACAAAUGGAUCGAGAAUCUGCAGCGAGCUGUCAAACCAAACAAGGACAACAGUCGUCGUGUGGAUAACGUGCUGAAGCUAUGGAUCAUCGAGGCUCGAGAUCUGCCACCGAAGAAGCGCUACUACUGCGAGCUGUGUCUGGACGACAUGCUGUACGCUCGAACCACCAGCAAACCGCGCACCGACACCGUCUUCUGGGGCGAACACUUCGAGUUCAACAACCUGCCGGCCAUCCGCAGCCUCCGCCUGCACCUCUAUAAGGAGAACGACAAGAAGAGGAGGAAGGAGAAGAGCACAUAUCUGGGUCUGGUCAGCAUCCCGAUCCCGAGUGUGACGGGUCGUCAGUUUGUGGAGCAGUGGUACCCGCUCAUCCAGCCCAGUGUUCUGGCUAAAGGUGGCGGCGGCGGCGGGAAGAUCAUCAACGCCUCUCUCCGCCUCAAGUCCCGCUUCCAGAGCAUGAACAUCCUGCCCAUGGAGCUCUACAAGGAGUUCGCCGAGUACGUCACCAACAACUACCGCACGCUCUGCGGAGUGCUGGAGCCGCUGCUCAGCGCCAAGAGCAAAGAGGAGGUGGCCUGCGCGCUAGUGCACAUCCUGCAGAGCACUGGGAAGGCCAAGGACUUCCUGUCUGACAUGGCCAUGUGUGAGGUGGAUCGUUUCAUGGACCGCGAGCAUCUGAUCUUCAGAGAAAACACACUCGCCACUAAAGCCAUCGAGGAGUUCCUGAAGCUCAUCGCACACCGCUACCUGAAGGACACCAUCGGUGAGGGAGAGUUCAUCCGUGCGCUGUACGAGUCGGAGGAGAACUGUGAGGUGGACCCGAUGCGAACGCCUCCGUCAGUGCUGGCCGAUCAUCAGGCUAACCUGCGCAUGUGCUGUGAGCUAGCGCUCUGCAAGAUCAUCAACUCUCACUGCGUGUUCCCCCGUGAGCUGAAGGAGGUGUUUGCAUCGUGGCGUGUGCGCUGUGCUGAGCGCGGCCGUGAGGACAUCGCCGACCGCCUCAUCAGCUCCUCACUCUUCCUGCGCUUCCUGUGUCCGGCGAUCAUGUCCCCGUCCCUCUUCAACCUGACGCAGGAGUAUCCCUCUGAGCGCACCUCUCGAACCCUCACGCUCAUCGCCAAGGUGGUGCAGAGCCUGGCCAGCUUUUCAAAGUUCAGUGGGAAGGAGGACUAUCUGGGCUUCAUGAAUGAGUUUCUGGAGAUGGAGUGGGGCUCCAUGCAGCAGUUCCUCUACGAGAUCUCCAACCUGGAGUGUGUGAGUAACGCCGGGGCGUUCGAGGGCUACAUCGACCUGGGCCGCGAGCUCUCCAUCCUGCACAGUCUGCUGUGGGAGGUCAUGGCCCAGCUCAGCAAGGAUGCGAUCCUGAAGCUGGGUCCUCUGCCGCGGCUGCUGAACGACAUCAGUGUGGCCCUGCGUAACCCUCAGCUGCACAGACAGGCCAGCCACCAGCCGCCCGAGCGACACCUGAGUCGGCCUGCGUUCAGCAGACUCGCCACCAAUGACUUCCAGAGCCUCAUGAUGAGAGACCUCAACAGCUCGAUAGACAUCUCUCGUCUGCCGUCUCCUACAGCCGGUCUGUCCGGCAGCGGUGUCCUCUCUCACCCGGGCAUGGCUGCGUUCUCAGAGCGAGAUCCCCGCGGCAACAAAGACGUCUUCUAUGUGACCCGCCCACCUCUCGCACGCUCAAGCCCCGCCUACUGCACCAGCAGCUCUGACAUCACUGAGCCAGACCCCAAGGUGCUCAGUGUCAAUAAGAGUGUGUCUAUGAUGGACCUGCAGGACUCGCGCAUCAACAGCGUGUCUAACCUGCACUCAGUGAAUGAUCUGCUGAACUCGUCUCAGGGUUCUCUGGCUGGGUUCGGUCCGCUCGGCGGUGCCCCCCUCAGAGCUGGAGGACGUGUGUCUGCGGGCUCGGGCGGCUCCAGCAUGUCUGGCGGUCUGCGUUUGACCACAGAUUCUCUGUCGCAGCAGCAGCAGCAGGCCGCCGCCGCCAUGCACGUGCCGCUGUCCUUCCAGAACCCGCUGUUCCACCUGGCGUCAGACGGGCCGCAGUACCACACGCCUCCACACGGGCCUACCGCUGUACCGCCGCCACUGCUGCUGGCACCAGAGCCAGAGAACGGGCACGUGGGUUUCGGCGUUCCCACAUUCGCCCACAGCGGAUUCUCCCGCAGUGAAGAUCUGUCGGCGCUGCGGACGCAGAACAGUCUGGUGCAGCCCAACAUCGUGCACUCGCACAGCUACAGCGACGACUUCACACGACACAACCAGGCCGAUUACGCCCGCAGACAGCUGUCUCUGCAGGUGCAGGAGAAUCUCCAGCAGCAGGUGCUGAUGGGAAUGACCCCGCAGACGGCGACAGGCACAGGCACUCCUGCUUCUCUGGCCACGCCCCCCACCACCAUUCAUCCUGUCCGUCAGGCCUCCAUGGCUCCACCCCCUCCUCAACGCGCGAAGCCUCAGCCCGCCCACCAGCUGUCCGUCAGCUCAGCUGUAAACUCCACCCCCCCUAAGACCCGCCCACAGAGUGGCAACCUCCUCCAAUCGCCGGAGUCCAGUUUUGGAGGGAGGCAGUUGCCUAGGCAGCAGCUGUCAGUCAAGGAUAGCCCCGCCCCCGGGUUACCACAUCAGUCCAGCAAUGCGUCGGAGAAUCCCGCCCCUCAGAGCGCAGCCAAUGAGAGCACAGAGAAUACGCCGACCAACCAAUCAGCAAAAAACACACAGCAGAGCAACCAACAACACCUGCUCAAGCCAGGGAACAAACAGGGCUCUAAGUCUCCCUCCACCCUGAAUCCCACCUCUGCUGCCUCCGAGCGCACCGUGGCUUGGGUCUCCAACAUGCCGCAUCUGUCUGCAGACAUCGAGAGUCUGCGCGUGGACCGAGAGGAGUUCAAACUCAAGGAGCACUCCAAGAGCAUGGACGAGUCCCGCCUGGACCGGGUGCGCGAGUAUGAGGAGGAGAUCAACUCCCUGAAGGAGCGUCUGCUGAUGUCCCACCGUAAGCUGGAGGAGUACGAGCGGCGGCUGCACUCGCAAGAGCAGCAGACCAGCAAGAUCCUGCUGCAGUACCAGAGCCGGCUGGACGACAGCGAGAGGCGUCUGCGGCAGCAGCAGGUGGAGAAGGACUCGCAGAUCAAGGGCAUCAUCAACAGGUUGAUGGCGGUAGAGGAUGAGCUGAGGGGAAGUGGAAUGCCUGACCUCAAAACCAGAAUAUUCACAGAACAGCCGAUUUAUGGUGCCCACUCUGGAACAUGAUUGGCCCCUGCAGGACUAGAGGAAAUGUGAUUGGCUGACCCUCCACCCAGGAAUGUCUGAUGAUUGGCUGAGAGAGAAGAGAGAGGCGGAGCCAGAGCUGGACGACCUACUUCAACUCUACACACUCUGUUUCUCUCUCUCUCUCUCUCUCUCUCUCUCUCUCUCUCUCACACACACACAUUAUGAGAGUAUAUAUAUGUAUAUGUAACUAAUAUAUAAAUAUAUAUUCCUCAGAUGUGUCUCUCUCUCUCUUUCUCUCUUUCUUCUCAAUUUUUGAGCCAAAUGGACGACAAUCAGCAUCUUUGAGGCCGAAACAAUCACACUGAUAGCACAAAGAAAACCCCGGAGGACAUACUGACGGAGAGAGAGAGAGAGAAAGAGAGAGAGGUGUGUGUGUGUGUUUAUUUAUGAUGCUCUCCUUCUCUUCCCAUCAUCCCCUCUCUCUCUCUCCCUCCCUCUCUCUCUCUCUCUCUCUCUCUCUCUCUACUGCAGGAGUGUGUUUGUGUACGUGUGUGUGUGUGAGUGUGUUUUUGAGCAGUUGCAGCCUCAACUUCCUAAUAAUGACUCAAUAACGAAUCUCGUGUUUUUCAAAUGAUGUUUUGAGGAGCUUUGAUUCCCUCUGAGCCAAUCAGAUGCUCAGAAUCCCGCAGGGGGCGGGGCCUCCUCCUGCUCUCCGUGCCUACAGAGCUGAUUGAGAACAGGACACUCGAGCUUCUGGAGGGUGUGUGUGUGUGUGUGUGUGUGGAGGACUCCAGCUCUUCAUCUCAUGAUAAUCAGUGGUCUGCUGAAGCUGUUCUCAGACUAUAGUGAGCCGCUAAACCCACCGUCACACACUUGCUCUGUUCCCAUCCACCUAUAUUCAUGCACAUUCUGGAUUAUUGUAUAAAAUCAGUGCUUGCUGGACACAUCAGGAUGUGCAAACAUGAUGAACACACAUAAAAACCUGAAGCACUGGAUAAACGGAUUAGUCCAUAAGAGAAAAUGCACAGAAACACAUUUAUUGAGGAAAGCUUCAUCAGUCUAGAAUCUUCUAGAAUACAAACUCUGAUCCAAUAGCCAAUAUUUCAUGCAGUAUUCCAGUUUCACACAUGAAUUUAAUUAGCAUCUAUGGAUGGAAACACAGCGACUGAUGGAUUAUUCACUACUGUGAAAUCAGCUUUGUAAUUGUGAUGGAGCCCUGGUUUAUCUGACGUAUGAGCGUCUGACUGAAUCAGACAUGAAGAUCCUUUGACUGCACAACACUCAAUAUGCUCAGUGUUAGAGGAAUAACAGGACAGACUCAUGGCUCAGUGGUUAGCACUGUGGCCUCACAGCAAGAAGGUGGCUGGUUUGAGUCCCAGCUGGGUCAGUAGGUGUUUCUGUGUGGAGUUUGCAUGUUCUCCCCGUGUUGGUGUGGGUUUCCUCCGGGUGCUCCGGUUCCCCCCACAGUCCAAACACAUGCGCUAUAGGGGAACUGAUCAACUUAACUGGCCGUAGUGUAUGUGUGUGUGUGUGUGUGUGUGUGAAUGAGUGUGUAUAGGUGUUUCCCAGCACUGGGUUGCAGCUGGAAGGGUAUCCGCUGUGUAAAACAUAUGCUGGAAUAGUUGGUGGUUCAUUCCACUGUGGCGACCCCUGAUAAAUAAGGGACUAAGCAGAAGGGAAAUGAAUGAAUGAGUUCUCAGCUUUAUCAUCCUAGAACACAGCAACUUUUCAUUUUGCGUCAGUCUUCAGUACAUGAUAUAUUUGAAGAAGAGUCCAGCUUUAAAUAGGAAAAUGAUCAAAACUCUGCUUAUUUUAAAGCGAGAUGCUAACGGUCUAAUCCGAUUCAAUGAUCUAUGCUAAGCUAAUGCUAAAAGAGAUUGGCUGAACACAUUAUGUUUACUCCAGUUUAUCAGCAUGAUCUUGUUUCUCAUUGGAUGGAAAUGCUCAUUUAUUCGUUUAUAUGCAAUAUUCCAGUUUUGUGCAUUAGUCUAAUUAGCAUCUUUGGAUGGAAACAGAGCGACUGAUGGAUUAUUCUCUAAAUCCGCUUUGUAAUUGUGAUGGAGCCCUGGUUUAUCUGAUUGAUGAAGCGAUGAGCGUCUGACUGAAUCUGGCAUGAAGAUUAUUUUACUGCACAACACUCAAUAUGCUCAGUGUUAGAGGAAUAACUCAUUUAAUUAUCAUUUGAUUGAUUUAAGCUCUUGUCUGCGUAAAUGGAAACAUGAUUUAGCUUAGAAAUUGUGACAGAACUAUAUUACUGUUGUACAGUAGAAUGUCAUUUUCAUAUUCACAAUAAUACAAUCAUUAAAACUUAAUUUUUUAAGGAGGAAACUUUCUAUGCAGCACUAAAUAGUACAAUUAAAUUGUUCAUGCUUUACACUGAUUACUGUCUUUAAUAAUCAUAACAGUAGAAAAAUAAGAAUUUAAUUAUUUAUUUGACUUUCAGUGAUCAGAUGUGCUUUAUAUUUAUUUAAAAUGAACCAUUUAAAAUGAGUCCAGAAGAUAUAUAUUUUGAGAAGAAACAAAAAUCAGCCUCUUUAAUAUCACUUUUAGAUUGUAUUAUGGUUUGAGCUUUUGAAGACUAAAAUGAAAUAAUGUCCAGAAAUAUACACUCACCGGCCACUUUAUUAGGUACACCUGUCCAACUGCUUGUUAACGCAAAUUUCUAAUCAGCCAAUCACAGGGCAGCAGCUCACUGCAUGUAGGCAUGUAGACAUGGUCAAGACGAUCUGCUGCAGGUCAAAGCGAGCAUCAGAAUGGGGAAGAAAGGGGAUUUAAGAGACGCUGAACGUGGCAUGGUUGUUGCUGCCAGACGGGCUGCUCUGAGUAUUUCAGAAACUGCUGAUCUACUGGGAUUUUCACGCACAACCAUCUCUAGGGUUUACAGAGAAUGGUCCGACAAAGAGGAAAUAUCCAGUGAGCGGCAGUUCUGUGGGCGCAAAUGCCUUGUUGAUGCCAGAGGUCAGAGGAGAAUGGCCAGACUGGUUCCAGCUGAUAGAAAGGCAACAGUAACUCAAAUAAGCACUCGUUACAACCGAGGUCUGCAGAAGAGCAUCUCUGAACACACAACACGUCCAACCUUGAGGCGGAUGGGCUACAGCAGCAGAAGACCACACCGGGUGCCGCUCCUGUCAGCUAAGAACAGGAAACUGAGGCUACAAUUCACACAGGCUCACCAAAA